GAGUGGGGGGCGUGGGUAGGGGAACGGCAUAAUCUUUGACACCUGGCACACAAUACACAAGCAUCAAGUUCUGUCACUUUUGGGAGGAACAUUAAGGUCGGUUUACCAUGGCGACGGUGGUGAUGGAGCAGAUUGGUCGACUGUUCAUCAAUGCGCAGCAGCUUCGGCAGAUCCCUCAGCUGCUGGAGUCGGCCUUCCCUACGCUGCCUUGCACUGUGAAGGUGUCCGAUGUUCCGUGGGUGUUUCAAGAACGCCACAUCCUCUCCGGCUACAGACAGCCUGACCAGAGCUGGCGCUACUAUUUCCUCACCCUCUUCCAGAGGCACAAUGAGACCCUGAACGUGUGGACCCACCUGCUGGCUGCUCUCAUAAUCCUGGUGAAGUGGCAGGAGAUCUCAGAAACGGUGGACUUCUUGCGAGACCCUCACGCUCAACCUCUAUUCAUCGUCCUCCUGGCAGCCUUCACCUACCUCUCCUUCAGCGCCCUCGCUCACCUCCUCUCAGCCAAGUCGGAGCUUUCCUGUUACACCUUCUACUUCCUCGACUACAUUGGAGUUGCGGUCUACCAGUAUGGCAGCGCCCUGGCGCACUAUUAUUAUGCCAUAGAGAAGGAGUGGCACACUCGAGUCCAGGGGCUCUUUCUCCCUGCGGCAGCCUUCUUAGCCUGGCUCACAUGCUUCGGCUGCUGCUACGGUAAAUACGCCAGCCGUGACAUCCCCAAGUUUGUCCUGAAGCUGUUCCAGGUGGUGCCCUCAGCCUUGGCCUACUGUUUAGACAUAAGCCCCGUGGUUCACCGCAUCUACAGCUGCUACCAGGAAGGCUGUUCCGACCCGGUGGUGGCGUACCAUUUCUAUCACGUGGUCUUUUUCCUGAUAAGCGCCUAUUUCUUCUGCUGCCCUCACCCUGAGAGAUUCUUCCCCGGCAAGUGUGACUUCAUCGGACAGGGCCAUCAGAUCUUUCACGUGUUCGUGGUGGUGUGCACGCUGACGCAGAUCGAAGCCCUGCGGACUGACUUCACAGAGCGCCGUCCGCUGUACGAGCGCCUCCACGGCGAUCUCGCACACGAUGCCGUCGCGCUGUUCAUCUUCACUGCCUGCUGCAGUGCGCUGACCGCUUUUUACGUACGCAAGCGUGUACGGGUCGCUCUCCACGAAAAGGAGGAGUAAGACCCUAACAUUAAAGUUUUAAAAAAAGUAAUUUAUUUCACAUUGUAGUGACCACUCAUUAAAAUAUUUGAAAUAUUUUUGUUUAUGGAAAUUUGUGACAGUUACGGUGAUCGCAAGACAACUCUGAGCUAAAGGUAUGCUUUGGACUUUCAUCGAGCAAAAAGGAAAAAAUAUCACAACCUAAUAUUUGUGAAAACAGAUAGUAGCUGAACACUGCAGUGAUUCUUCAUCUUUACUCUGCUCUCUCAACAGUCAGCAACAUUUUUAUUUUGUCUGGAUUUGAAUAUUUGAUCAAACCUACAGAAUAUUCAUCUGAAAAGAAGCAGAAAAAUAGAGAUGCCUUUCAACUUACAAAUCCUCAAUUUUGAAAUAAUAUAAUAUCAGUGCUGCAAACAAAUCGUAGCAUCUCAAAACAUUUAGGCACUUUUUAACAGCUGGCAGUAAAACACAAAGUAUUUUUACACUAAAAUAAAAGUUCCUUCAUUUGAACUGGUGCUUUUAUAUUUAGCUUGCUACAUUUCUUAAAACCUCCAUUUAAUUCUGCUCAUCUUUCAGACUUUUUUUCCCGGCACUGUCACUGUGCCGGGCAAAUGUUUGAGCAUGUUCCGGAAAAGUCAAGACCGCAGUUGAAAAACCAAAUAUUAUAAUCCUGAUGUAAUUUUUCUUCUCGUGAUCAAUACCUGAUGAAAUAAGUUGAAAGUGAGGCUGGCACUCCAUAUCAGUUAAAGGUGGUCUGUGAAUUAUGAUGUCAUUUUGCUCUUAUGGCAGUGGAACCUUUUUAUUCCAAGGGCUGAAACUUCAGCUUUGAACUUUCCACAUCUCAUGAAAUCAGUGCUUUGAUUGUGUGAUUAGUUUUCACUGUCGUUUUUUGGGGGAUAAAAAACAAACCGUGUCCGACUGGUGUUCUGCUUUUGACAUUUUGUUUUGAAUAUGUAUGUGCCUCUCUGCAUGUCUCUUGGUACGUACUGUGGCUAUAAAGUGUGUGAAUGUCUAUGAAAGCUAAGCCUUGCACUUCUUUCUUACCUUGUAAAUACUCAGUGUUUCUCUAGGAUGUCGUUUGCACCUGGUUUUCUAUUUAUCCCUUUGUUUUUAAUACUCGUCUGUUGACUUUUGUUCUGACACAGUCCUCCAGUAAUGCUGUUUAGAGUCCUAUCUCACCCAACUCCAGAUGUCAGAUAUGAUCUACGUGCAUUGCAGCAGCCUCUGUUAUGGUGGUGUUUAAUGUGCCAAUGAAUCUGUAAUUGCUUCAUUGUUGGAACAAGUGAAAAAUCAAUUCAGAGAUGGCUUGAGUCUAAAUGUUUUUUUUGUUUUUUUUUAUCUAGCUAUAAACACGUUACUGAUUUCAUAUGCCCGCCCGUGAAUAUGAAACUUUGACCACUGUUGACUUUGACGUUUUUUGACCUUAUCUAUUCAUGCACUGCCUGAAUCAGCACUGUAUAAAGUGGAGAUGACAACACUGGCUGUGUUUACACACUGGGAGGAGCGUCUGCUGUUCAUCCUGGGACAAAUUUCUGAGUAAGCUGGACAAACCUGUUUUCUUUUCCCAGAGAAACAUCCCAUCAUUACUUGUUAUUUGGUGAGAAGGUGAAGCUCAAUGUGUGCAUUUAAAAUGUUACCUGCAUGUGUCUUUGUUGAUUGGCUAAUUAUAUCCUACAGCAAAAAAAUGGUCUCACAGUCAGUGACCAGUCCUGUGCUGUGAGACCAGGUCACUGUUCUUAUCGACUUAAGGACCAAAACAAUAGAAGUUUAGGUUUCAUUCCCACACUUUUUACAGAUAACUACGCAUUAUUUUGUGUAAUGUAGUAGCCUGGAGGAGACCACAGUUGUUUUGGACUGAGCCUGGAAACACUGGUCACUGGAAUGUAGCCAGGGCUCCAGUACUGUCAGAGCUCCAUAGUCAGCAGCCUCGAUUCUGUGACAUAAACACUACUGUGUUUUAGACUAAAGAGCAGUCAGUGUAAUAUUUGCACCCUGUGUGUGUACAGUACAAUGCGUGUCUUAAUAUUUAUAACCAGUGUAUUUAUGGCCACUGUUGUCACCUGAGGUUUCCUUUUAUUCUUUUCUGAAUGAGAGCAACUAGAAUGUUUUCUGCCUCUACAAAUACAGUAUGUGUGGCUGACUGUACUAAUACUCUGUGGUAUUUAAGAAAAUAAAGUGUUACUGUGAA